GGCGAAGCAACAAGCCAGCCCGGAGGCUCGCUCGGGGGCUGGAGCACAGGAAGUCCCUCGAAGGGUUCAAGAGUAGGGGCGCCCACCCGGCAGCGCCCUCCUCUCCAAGCGCGCCGCCUCCCGCUUGGCCAUGGGGCGCUACACGGGCCAGACGUGCCGCCUGAUCUUCAUGCUGGUGCUGACGGCGGGCUUCUUCGUGGCCGAGAUCGUGUCGGGCUACGUGGGCAACUCCAUCGCGCUGGUGUCCGACUCGUUCAACAUGCUCUCCGACCUGAUCGCGCUCUGCGUGGGCCUCUCCACGGGGCGCAUCUCCCGCCGGCGCCGGCCCCGCAGCCCCGGCGCCUCGUUCGGCUACGGCCGCGCCGAGGUGGUGGGCGCCCUCAGCAACGCCGUCUUCCUGGCCGCGCUCUCCUUCACCAUCCUCGUGGAGGCCGUGCAGCGCCUGGCCAGCCCCCAGGCCAUCCGCGACGCCGAGCUCAUCCUCAUCGUGGGCGCGCUCGGCCUCGCCGUCAACAUCGUGGGGCUCCUCGUCUUCCAGGAUUGGGCCUCCUGCUGGCCCGCCUGCCUGCGACGCGGCCCGCCGGCAGCGGCCACGCCAGAGCCCAGCCUCGACGGAGACCCCGAGGGCGCCCUGCCAGCGGCCCGGGACCUCGACCUGGAGACUUGCAGCGUGGACGGAGCAGGUGACACCAUAAAUACCCAGAACAAGCCCGAAGAUGAGGUGAUACAGAAAAAAGAGAAAAAAUCCGAAGCUUUGAAUAUCAGAGGUGUUCUUUUGCAUGUAAUGGGGGAUGCUCUAGGCUCAGUUAUCGUUGUAGUGGCUGCUUCCAUAUUCUAUGCACUUCCUCUGGACGAGAACACCCCAUGCAACUGGCAGUGCUACAUUGAUCCAAGCCUGACCAUAAUUAUGGUGAUCAUCAUACUCUCGUCAGCCUUCCCGCUUAUCAAGGAGACGGCAACAAUCUUACUGCAGAUGGUUCCCAAGAGUGUUAAUAUGCAGUUGCUGACAAACAAGCUGCUCGAAGUGCCAGGCAUUACAAGCAUUCACGAGGUGCACGUCUGGGAGAUGGUCAGUGGGAAGAACAUUGCCACCCUCCACGUCAAAUGCCACACCACUUCCGAUUACCAAGACGCUUCGCAAAAGAUGAGGGAGGUGUUCCACGAAGCGGGGGUCCACUCGGUCACUAUCCAGCCAGAGUACACCGACCAAAAGACCCCCGAAGUCUUGUGCAGCACUCCGUGCAUCUCCAGAGCUUGCGACCCGCAGCUGUGCUGCAGUCAGCAGGAAGCGGCCCUGGCUGAGGUCAACGGCUACAACGAGAAGAAGAGCAGCCUGUCUCCUUCUCUGCACAAAGUCUUCCACAGAAAAGAUGUGGUGGAGAUUCCCAUCGAACCCACGUGGGCCGAGGAGCCCGGCAAAAAGCACAGCUUCUCAAAGGACAGUUACAAAGAAGCAGGCGAUGGCAAGCCCUACAUAAGUAGCACACGAUUCUAGGCAGCUUGGGCUCGCGCUUGGCAACUGCUGUUCAUCUAGGGCAAAGUUAUCAUUGGUAAUGCCCUCUUGGCUAAAAUGCUGCUGGCAAGCACUUGCCACAGGGAGUGGCAUUUGACAGCUGGGUGCCCAAUGCAUAGCGUAACAGGGCAUCUAGAGCAGGUGUUCUUGGCUUGUAUCUAAAGGUCUAGCUGUGCAGGUAGAAGCCCCUUCUAUCCACGCAGCCACUGGUACCUUCUGAAAAGAGGGAGCCUCCCACCCCCCUCGCAGGAAGGCAGAAGUGCCUUUUAGCCAUCCCUUGUCUUCAAGGAGUGUUUCUGGCAUUUGCCAAAUACCUCCAGUGCCAUUUUGACACUUAAUUCCUCUUCCUCCAGGGGUAAAUAUCUUACGGCUGAGCACACCGAUCUUUUACCUCUGUCUUUACUGAAAUGUGGUGCUCGUUGCAGGUCUCUUAGAUCCCUUUGAUUGGGCUGCCCCAGACACCAUUAUGAAGGAAUGAAAGUAGGCGGUAGUUUCAUUAGUCAUGUUUUCAAAUGCCUCUUGUUUACUUGAAAUUAGAAGUGGGAUUUCUGGAAAAGCGGGGUGGGCACCAAGCGGGGGAAAGGCUGGCCUAAGGGGUUGUUGUUACCUGAACGCUGGCAACGAACUAUGGUUAUAAUUCAACAAAGUAUUGCUGCUCUUUAUGAUCAGUUGAAAGCACCAUUGAAACAAAUGAUGAUCUCUCCUGCCUGUAUAUUUUCCUGCCAUUUCACUGAAUGAACGUAUGGAUUUUUGUAGCAUGAGUUGAGACUGUUGUGUUUUAGUAUGUGUCCAUCUGUAAUAUUGAUUUGAUUUUUUUUGUAUAUAGGUUAUAUAUUUAUAUUCCCUUAAGAUGGAUAGGAGUCUUUUCUCCCCCCAACCCCCCCAAUCAUAUCUUAAAUAACUUCUUAACUGUACUCUGCAUAUUUCUAAAAUAACAAACAUAUUUCGUUUGAGGGGUGAUGGUCAGUGUCGUUCCUGUUUCCAAAAUGUCCACCGCCAAUAAACAUGUGAUAUAUCUUACUUGCAAAUAUAGAUCAUGUUCCUACUCAUUUCCCCCCUUUAAGAAAUGUGCACCUCUUGCAAGUGCGUGUGUGUGUCUUUUACCUAAAUAUAUAGUGAGGGGUUUCACCAGCUUCAAAUAUCCAUGUCAGUGAGUUAACACCAGAGAAUAUAGAAAUCUUCAGGAUACAUGUUUGCCAAAGAAUGUCUGUGGCAGCUUUAUACAAUCCAUCUAAUGCAACUCCCAGGAGAAGCAAGGGUUUUGACUAUUAUACUGCUCUCAAUUCUGUGAGUCAGAAAGAGUCGUCAAGAUUCCCCCUUUGCCAAAAAAAUCCAAUUUGUUGUUCCUUCCUAUAGUUUCUAUAAACAUGCAAUUGCAUGUGCUGCUUUGCUUCUAGAGCAGCUCCUAGAGUUGACCUCUUGUUGUUUUCACCCAUGGGUUUUUCUUCUGCAAAACCAUUAUCCAGGUCUUAUUUUUCAAAACACGAUAUACUGGUCAGCCCUGGGGCUGUCCUACUCCUGGAAGGGCCAUAGCUCAAUGGAGGACCCACGCUCAGUUCCUGGCAUCUCCACGUAGGACUGGGAAAGGUUCUUGUCUCUAACCAGUCAAUACUGAGCUGGAUAGACCAAUGGUCUAUUCGGAAUAAGGCAGCUUCCUGUGUUCCACUUCCUACUCAUCGUCUCAAAAUUUUCUUUAGCUUUCAAAGAAGUGGGUGGAAUGUCCACCCUCAUUUAUAGAAUCUUUUGAUCCAUGACCUCUUUUUUUUUUUUGCUUUAAGCACAUUCCUGCCUAUGUAAGGAUUUCAUCCUGACAUAACAAGAAGCCACACCACGAUGAAGAAAGCCACAGGGUUGUUGCUAUACCGUUACAAAUGUGUACUAUAAAUUAUAAUAGAACAUUGUCCUCCCCCGGGGAGAUUCUAAGUGGACCGGCCAGCUUCGUGGUAUGAAAAAAAAUUGCAAUCAAGCCCUCUAAACCCUAAAUUUUGUCACAUCCUGAAAUUUUCACACACAUAUCAGGUAGCACAUUUCAGUAAGAUUUUGUUCUUUGCGGGCUUUGGUAUGGCCGUGAUAUCUUACGAUUAUGAUGAGGUGACUGAGUCCUUGAUUCUUAAUGUUGAGAUGCAUGGAUUGAAAGAUGCAUGAAUCUUAACCAAAGUAUUCUAAAUAUUUCCAUAGUUUCUACCAAAUAUGGCCUCAAUCCAAGCACUUGGUUUGGGGAUGGUUGCUGACUUUUAAAAAAUCAUAUUCAAAGGUGAAUGAACUGCCAAGAAAGUGGUUGUGAAUGUGCUCUCUUCACUGUAUGAAGGUUUAUGUUAUAACUUCUUGUGAAGUUACCUCCUGCCUGUAUAAUAUGUGGACUUUCUGGAAUAUAAUUCUGUUUGGAACAGUAAUGUUUUACUGUACCUGAAACAUCUAAUUCUGCAUCUAAUUAAAUGUAUAUAUGCUUUUGUGAACAAACCACUGGUGCAAACUUUCAUGCCUUGUGAAUUUUAUAUGUUGAAGAAAAAGUUGGAUGUUGUAAAUAAAAAGUGUUCUUUUUUUAAUUAAACACCUUGUGUCGUGCUUGCUAUCUACGAAAAAUAAAAUCUUACAAGGGCAUAUUCUCACUAGAUAUUUUGUGCCUGGGUACAUAUAUGGAAGUCUGUACAAAUACAAUGUCAGUGAAAAUUCUGUGUCAAAGGGAUUCUGACCUUAUCUAGUAUUUUAAGGGAAUAUGCCCCAAUUUUUGCAUGUAUCAACAUUAUAAGAGGCAUGCAUAUUUUGGACUAUGGAAGGUAGGAAAGGUGACUAUUGGGAUUGCCAUUGAAAAUAGUUCAGUGGGUAGAGCAUACAGGUGUUAACAUUCAGUCUCUAAUGUUCCUAGGUAAAAGGACCAGAUAGCAGGUGAUGGGCCAGACAUCUGUCUGAGCCCCCUGGAGAGCUGCUG